GCAAAAGGCUCCAGCUGGGUCUGAGCUGAGAAACUAGGCUGGACCUCUGUCCACAGCGGCCCCCGCUCCUCCAGUUCAGCCAGCACCAUGAGCGGCCGAGUUGGAGACCUGAGCCCCAAGCAGGCAGAGACCCUGGCCAAGUUCCGAGAAAACGUCCAAGACGUGUUGCCUGCCCUACCCAACCCUGACGAUUACUUCCUUCUCCGUUGGCUCCGAGCCCGGAAUUUUGACCUGCAGAAGUCAGAGGCAAUGCUGCGUAAGUACAUGGAGUUCCGUCAGACCAUGGAUAUUGACCACAUUCUCGACUGGCAGCCCCCAGAGGUGAUCCAGAAGUACAUGCCUGGGGGCCUGUGUGGCUAUGACCGUGACGGCUGCCCCGUGUGGUAUGACAUCAUCGGGCCACUGGACCCCAAGGGGCUGCUCUUCUCGGUCACCAAGCAGGACCUGCUUAAGACCAAAAUGAGGGACUGUGAGCGCAUCCUGCAUGAGUGUGACCUGCAGACGGAGCGGCUGGGGAAGAAGAUUGAAACCAUCGUGAUGAUAUUUGACUGUGAGGGCCUGGGGCUGAAGCACUUCUGGAAACCUCUGGUGGAAGUGUACCAGGAGUUCUUUGGCCUCCUUGAAGAAAAUUACCCAGAGACCCUGAAAUUCAUGCUUAUUGUGAAAGCCACCAAACUUUUCCCCGUGGGCUACAACCUAAUGAAACCCUUCCUGAGUGAGGACACCCGCCGGAAAAUUAUAGUGUUGGGAAACAACUGGAAAGAAGGUUUGCUGAAACUCAUCAGUCCUGAGGAGCUGCCUGCUCAUUUUGGGGGGACUCUGACUGACCCGGAUGGGAAUCCCAAAUGUUUAACCAAGAUCAACUAUGGCGGGGAGAUCCCCAAGGCCAUGUACGUGCGGGACCAGGUGAAAACUCAGUACGAGCACUCAGUGCAGAUCAGCCGCGGGUCCUCGCACCAGGUGGAAUAUGAAAUCCUGUUUCCAGGCUGUGUCCUCAGGUGGCAGUUUAUAUCCGAUGGUGGGGACAUCGGCUUUGGGAUCUUCCUAAAGACCAAGAUGGGGGAGCGACAGAAGGCUGGGGACAUGACAGAGGUGCUGGCCAGCCAGCGCUACAACGCCCAUAUGGUGCCCGAGGACGGGACCCUCACCUGCUCGGACGCUGGCGUCUAUGUCCUCCGCUUUGACAACACCUACAGCUUUGUCCACGCCAAGAAGGUCAGCUUCACGGUGGAGGUGCUGCUUCCAGACGAAGGCAUGCAAAAAUACGACGAGGAGCUGACCCCUAUCUAAGUGCCCUCCCCACUACUCAGAGACCCCUGACCCUCUGCUUUCUGUCUUCCUGCCAUCCCUAAAACUGAUCACUAGUCCUGCUUGACUCUGUCACACUAGUGAGUAGAGAAAGAAGUUGCCCUGGGGACGAUUCAUCUGCUGUGGUCAGAUCAGGAAAGGUAUGAAAGGCACAGCCUUGGAGGACACCAAGGUAGCAGAAGAGAAAGCAGCAAGAGUAAAUGCGAGAGGUG